AUUCAGAUGCAAUUAGAACUAUAGAAGAGAAGUUGGGAGCUGAUGAUAUCACAUUCUUGCAGAACUACAAGAGCACAGUGGAAAGCUCCUGUAACUCCUGACCCCAACACUGCACACCCAAAUUUCUUCCUGUCUGAGGAUCUGACCAGUGCUCAGGUCAGCCAGGAGAGACAGCAGCUUCCUGAUAACCCAGAGCGAUUUGAUAUGUAUGCCAGCGUCCUGGGCUCUGAGGGCUUUAACUCCGGGACUCAGCUGGGAUGUGGAGAACACCUGGUGGAAUGUGGGUGUGAUGACAGGGUCUCUCCAGAGGAAGGGAGACUUUAGAUCCAUGAGUGGACGCUGGUAUGUGUUUUAUAAGGACAAUACAUAUAUAGCACGUGAUGCACCACAGCCCCCCUCUCUCCUCACAGUGCAGCAGAAACUCCAGAGGAUCAGAGUGCAGCUGGACUGGGACAGAGGAGAGCUGUCAUUCUCUGACCUUGAUAAUAACACACACCUGCACACUCUCACACACACAUUCACUGAGAGAGUGUUUCCAUAUCUCAUCACUGGCUGUCAAGUCUCCCCCCUGAGGAUCUCAGCUGUGAAGCCUUCAGUGACAGUAGAACGGCAUGGCUCCAGAGCAAAGAGGCCGUUUAAAAUGGGGCCGAUCUGCUUCUACUGAAGGGACUUUGACAUUGUUUCUCAAACUCAUGGAGGGGUCCUUUUAGUCUAAUGGCUACUAUUUGAAGGAUGUUAUGUCAUCGAGACCCGCCGAUGUACUGUUCCAAUAGCCUGGAAAAUCCAGACCCUGGUAAUCUAGAAAGAUUAAGGGUCUGGCCACGAACAAUGUAAUGGCCAAACUCGAGGGACGGCAACAAGCAUGCAUUUAAAAUCUCACUGCACGCAAUUG